AUGGAAACUACAACUCCGAUGUUCUCUAAAACCCUCCAAUCACUAACCCAGAGCAAAAUCCGCGAACUAGCAAAGCAACAGAUAGUAUACAAGUCCGAGAAAGCCAACAUCCUCACCGCAGCGACUCAGCACACAGACCUUCGCGACAGUGUCGCAUGUAUCCUACAGGGCGUGAAGGAACUCCGCCCCGACAGCGCCCGGGAUUCCAAGUCUUCCAACAUCGAGCGAUGGCUAGACCAGGCGCGCUACGACUCCUCCAUUCCACAGGCAAAGCUUGAAUCGUUCCGGGACCAUCUGAUCGCCACCCUAGAUGCCCACAGUUUGAAAUUGGACAUCGCGGAUCUGUAUUCCCGGCUUCUUACGGAGUGGAUGAUCUCGCCUUCAGUGCCGGAUAAGACCACCGAGGAAGAAGAUUAUCUGAUAGUCGAGGAACGACAGAGGCAACGAUUACAGCAACUAUGCGACCAGUUUGAAAGGGUGGUCUUUGAGCCAUUGGAGACCGAGGAAGAGGAAAUCCACGCAUUUCUAGACAGGCUCUUCCCCGAUGAAGAGAGCAAUUUGGCUUUGGACAAGCUCCGAGACCGGGUAUCUAGUUCAUGCUCAGACUUCUGGCAGAAGAAGGACCCUUUCGAUGAUAAAUCACUCCAGGCUUGCAUCCGUGGGCUCUUGACGGAGGACCUUCUCAGCGAGGAAAAGCAAGAUAUCCUAAAAUAUUUCCUUGAGAAUAAGGUCGCCCUUAUCGCUUAUCGAAAGGGUAUCCCGGUUUUGCCUCGCCAGCAAUUAAAUGGAAAGUAUCGGAUCUGGGUCGAUGAAGAUGUCCUCCAGACUCUCUUUACGCAGUAUAUUGCUGUUCGGCUCUGCGGUACGCUGAAGGGCAUCCUGAAAAAGUUCAUUAAGGAAAAGUCAGCGUGGAAUUGGCAUCCGAGUCCACGGAUGACGGAACGAGAUAGCCUGCGCCGAAAGUUUUACACGACAGGGGACAAAAACGUCUCCAGUAUUGAGGAGCACCGCAAGAAUGGUUAUCUGGAAACGGAUUUCCUGUUACAUAUGCCGUUGUCAGAGUCAGACCUGGCUGAACGGGGGAUGCUGUACGAUGAUGAGAACAACGAGAAUGGCGCAGACAGAGGUGUUGACGGACCAUCGAACAUUAAACAGCAACUGCUGCGGAAGGUCGCAUCCCAAGUACUGAUACAUCGGCAAAUCUAUGGUCGAGCAGCCGUUAUUCAGUCGGACAUGCAGUGGUAUGCCACCGCACUGCCGCACAGCACCAUACUUGCCGUCAUGAAGUUCUUCGGCUUCCCAGAUAAAUGGCUCGCCUUCUUUCGGAAAUAUCUUGAGGCACCAUUGAACAUGGAUGACUCCGCCGAUGGGCGGAUUGAGAUUGGCACCCGUAUUCGAAAGCGAGGGGUUCCGAUCUCGCACGCAAUGGAGAAGCUGACUGGGGAACUGGUUCUGUUUCCCAUGGACCUGGCAGUAAACCGAGAGACCGGCUUGCUGUUGUACCGUAUCCACGACGAUAUGUGGGUUUGCGGUGAACCCAACCGAUGUGCAAAGGCAUGGGAAGUCAUGCAAGAUUACGCCAAAGUUACCGGGCUGGAAUUCAAGCGGAGUAAAACAGGAUCGGUGUAUUUAGCAGAUUCUCUAGAUCCAGAUAUCUCAGCUCGCCUCCCCGCCGGACCAGUCAUGUUUGGAUUCUUGAGACUGAAUGCCGAAACGGAAACUUGGGAGAUCGACCAGUCACAGGUAGACGCUCAUGUUGCGCAACUCCAAAGCCAGCUCAGUCGUUGUGAAAGUGUUAUCUCCUGGGUCCGGACGUGGAACAGCUGUAUCGGACGCUUCUUCAAGAUUACAUUUGGCCAGCCGGCGCACUGCUUCGGACGCGCACACAUCGAUGCCAUCCUCUCCACCUACGAGAAGAUGCAGGAUACUCUGUUCAAUAGCAACACCGCACACAGUGGGAACACAGUAACUGAGCAUCUGCGAAGAAAUAUACAGUCCCGAUUCGGAUUUUCUGACAUUCCCGACGCAUUCUUCUUCCUCCCCGCCGAGCUCGGCGGAUUAGGCCUACGCAACCCCUUCCUGUCCGUUCUACUCAUGCGAGAUUCCGUAGAACUAUCACCCAUAGAGCGUGUCGAUCGGUUUUCCAAAUCUGAACAAGAGAGCUACAACUUUGCAAAGAAAAGCUUCGACGAAUUGUCCGAGAAAUUACGCCGGCGCCGCGCUGAAACGGUCAACCCGGGGCCAAAUUCUGGAGAACCUUUGGUUAUCACCGAUGCAGACAUGAACACAUUCAUGUCUUUCGAGGAGUAUACUCGAUACCGCGAAUCAAAAAGCAACAGCCUUCGCGUUCUAUACAAGGAUUUAAUGCUAGUUCCUAAUACCAAGAGGAUCCAGCAGACGCGGGAGUGCCGCGAUGCGCUGGAUUCGGUGCGGCGCCAGUUCCGGCUUUCUAAUCAGAGCCCUGAGGAGAUGUGGAUUUUGCAGCUGUAUGCGGAUGAUUUGCUGCAGCGGUUUGGGGGUUUGAAUCUUGUUGAUAAGCGGUUUUUGCCUGUUGGGGUUUUGGCCAUGAUGAAGGAGAAGAGGGUGAAGUGGAAUAUGGUGCUGUAG